CCUGAAGAACGGGAGCUGGGUGAAAUUCGUCACGGACGAGGGGAUUCUGGAGCUGAGCGCGCAGUGCCUGCCACUCACGAGCCAGAAGCAGCACUACUACCGCGGGGACCUGUACAACUGGCUGUUCCAGGCCUGCAAGCACUGGGCCGUGGACGCGUGGACGACGCUGUUGCCCAUGGUUGCGGGGAAAAUCAAGGGAUUAUCCCUGAUCGGCAGCGGGUGGAAGCGCGUGCUGCACGCGCUCCAGACCUUCGGGUAUUGUGAGGAAAAAUCCCCCCUCCCCAUAUCGAAAAGGAAAUUUGUGCUGCUGUAUUUGAGUAGACAAAUCGACUUGUACUGCCAGAAGGCCAAGGAACGCAGUUGCUCCCUCGUUUGUAGGGCAAUUUGUAAUGCUGUCUCCCGUUUCCAGUUGCUUCCUGUCAUGCUCAAGACGCUAGGAUUUCCUACGCCAGCCAGCACGAGAGUGCGCAUCUCUUCCGCUUUAGCAUUACAAAAGGAUUUGUGGUCACAAAUCAUGCUACACAAAUCUCCGGUUUAGUAUGGGGACGGGGAUUUUUCCUUUUGAUAUCGGGAACACGACCGCCAGCGGGUUCGGCAUCGUGGGCGAGCUGCUUUCGACCCUGACCUUCGACCGCGAUAUCAAAUGUAAAAAUGUCUGGGUCUGGAAGAUUGCCAGGUUUGUCAUGCACAUUUUGCAUGACUCCUGGUGUCUGUGAUGCAUGCCCUAGCAUCACAGAUUUCGUGAAGGCUUCCUGAUGCCUAUACCGCAUGACAAAUGCUCUUUCCGUGUAGCAAAACUCGGACUCUCUUUGCUGGUCACGCAAUACAGAUUUUUUUAGAAUCCAAAAUCAGCACGACAAGUUGGAUUCUUCCAGACCCAGACACUUUUACAUUUGAUACGCGACUACAUCCAGCAAAAAGCGGAACUCCGGCGGAAACUGACCAUCGAAACCGCGUCUGGAGGAGCGAUGGAAGCCUACCGCGAGUUCUGCGAGGCGCUGGAAUACCUGUUCGACUUCUUAACGCUGCCGCUAGAGAGCGUCGGGGUGAAGAGGUUGGAGUGUUUGGAGGAGGACGAAAUAGAAGCGGGGACGAGUUCGUUUUUUCAUGAUAUGGCACAAGGCGUCGACGAUUUGAUGCUCCGUCGGGAUUUUUCAUCCCAGGACGACGACCACGGUGAUAUGAGCGUCUCUUUCAAUGAAGUAGACUACGAUGUUCGGUCGUCGCGCGGCACUGACUCUGGCGCCGGAAUAAUAAACCCCUACGAGUUGCUGGAAGAGGGCCGGCUUUCAGAGUACUACGGAGAUAGAAGUCGACGUGACCUUUUGUUCGACCCGGAGUUAGAGGCACAAGGGCCUGUCUGCGUCCCCGAUGGAGCAGGGCGACGCUUUUCAACAAGCGCGAGACCACUGGGGAAUAGACGGAGUGUCUGCGCCGCUGAAAGACGAAGAUGCGGUAAUGGUGGGGGUGAAAAUGUGGAAAUUCAGCGCGACGACCCGGUCACUUGCAGCAGCCCGAGCGGGAGCAGAAGCCUAAGCGUAUUUUCGCGCGACAGUCUGAUGUUCUCCCGAAGGCCGAGCGCCAGCAGUGGAGCGCGGAAAAAGAAAAAAUCGUUGUCGCAGGAAAGGAACAACCUGGUCGCCCUGGGCCUGCUCCCCGCGCUCGGUUGGGGCAUUCUGGGCUCGGUUUUCAAAACCUUGGAUCACUUUUUCUACAUGGGCGAGAACCUCGUCCGCGGAGUCACGGCGCAGUUUACGGGAACUGUAAACUACCGUGACCUGUUGCCGAAACGGGC